AUGGAGAACGUUAGGAACAAGAAGUGGGAGAUGGCGUUCGCAGCGCGAAUGAGGCAGAUCGUACCUGGUCUCUUUCUUGGGAAUGUCGAAGCAUCACACAAAAGGGAAAUGCUUCAGGAAAAUCGUAUUAACGCGAUUGUCUCUCUCACUGAUGCUCGAUGGGUGUGGUGGAGCAGCACUACAAGAAAGGCAGGCGUUCUGGCACAUCGUCACAAAUGGAUACAGUGUGCAGAUUCGUCGACGCAAGACCUCCUCGCUCAUAUGAGCUGUAUUUGCGACUUUACCGACCAGAUGGCAUCCCCGGCUCUUUCGUCGCUGUCAUCCUUGCCCGUUGUGUACAACCACGAUACGAAUGAUGGGCUGGGUGGAGUGCCUCCGGAGGCCAUAUUGAUCCACUGUGAUCUUGGGAUAUCACGCUCGCCAACCAUUAUCAUUGACUAUCUUAAGCGCAAAUUGUACAUGUGGCAAGCGGAAGGUUGGGAGGAUGUUGAGUAUGAACUAUGGGAGAACGAAGAAAAGACUGUCCCGAAAGCGCCAAACAAAGUAUAUCUGGAGCACCGGGCUGCCCUGCUGAGAAGUAAAGCGCUUACUGGAAAUGAGCCGCUAGCGCCUCUGAACCUUUAA